GGCGCCACGUGACCCCGCGGGGACACCGCCCGUGCCCGACCCUUGCCCUGUCCCCAGCCUGUCCCCAGGAGCGGUUCCAUGGCGGUGGCCACGGCGCUGGGUUCCCUGGGCGCGGUGGCCCUGGGCACCUUUGUGGUGGCCCUGCUGCUGCGGUGGCUCUGGGAUGCGCUGGUGGCUGUCACCCGAUUCCGGGCCACUUGUCGCCAGCUGAACAAGUUCCCCAUCCCGCCCUGGCGCAAUUGGUUGCUGGGACACACCGGCAUGGGCCACAGCACGGAGGAAGCCCUACAGCAGGUGGACACCUUGGUGGCCCGGUACCGUCAUGGCUGCCUCUGGUGGGGGCUUCCCUGGCUGCCUGUCCUGCGCCUCUUCCACCCGAGCACCCUCCGACCACUCCUCAGUGCCUCAGCUUUCGUGGCUCCCAAGGACAAAAUUUCCUACGGCUUCCUCAAGCCCUGGCUGGGGGAGGGGCUGCUGCUGAGCAAUGGGCAGCGCUGGGUGCGGCACCGGCGACUCCUGACACCCGCCUUCCACGGAGAUGUGCUCCGGAAUUACCUGGGAAUCUUCAACCAGAGCACCCGCGUGCUGCUCGCCAAGUGGGGGGCAGCAGCAGCGGCAGCUGGUGGGAGGCCAGUGGAGUUGGAGGUGCUGCAGCCCCUGAGCCUCCUCACCCUGGACACGCUCCAGAAGUGCAUCUUCAGCCAUGAGAGCCACUGCCAGGAGCGACCCAGUGAGUACAUCCAGGCCAUCCUGGAGCUGAGCUCAUUGGUGGUCCGGCGCCAGCUCCAGCCACUUCUCCACCCGUGGUGGCUCUACAGCCUCUCCUCUGAUGGCCGGCGCUUUGCCUGAGCCUGUGCCACUGUCCAGGCCUUCACUGCUGAUGUGGUGCAGCGCCGGCACCAGGCACUCGCCUGCCUGGGCCACCAGGCCUGGCUGGACGGCCACCGGGGACGCAGCAUGGACUUCAUCGACCUCCUGCUGCUCACCAAGGUGGGGCUGACUGGUGGCCAUGGGGACAUGGAAGUGGUCAAGAGGGUGGCUGUGGCCAUGGGGAGAUGGACGGUUUUGUGCUCCACUCCAUCACCAUUUGCUGUGGAAGUUGCCCGAGCCACUCCAGUGUCCCCUCACUCACCCAAUGUCCCCACAGGUCAUGACACCACGGCCAGUGGCCUGGCAUGGCUCUUCUACAACCUGGCCAGCCACCCUGAGCAUCAGGAGCGAUGCCGCCAGGAGGUCCAGGAGCUCCUGGCUGGCUGGGACACUACGGACAUUGAAUGGGAGGACCUAUCCCAGCUGCCCUUCACCACCAUGUGCAUCAAGGAGAGCCUGCGGCUGCACCCUCCUGUCACUGCUGUGUCCCGGCGCUGCACCGAGGACAUCCCCCUGCGUGAUGGCCGUGUCAUCCCCAAGGGGGUCAUCUGCCUGAUGAGCAUCUACGGGACCCACCACAACCCAGACCUCUGGCCUGAGCCUGAGGUGUUCAAUCCUCUGAGGUUCAGCCCAGAGAACAGCAAGGGACGGUCCCCGUCAUCCUUCAUCCCCUUCUCUGCUGGCCCCAGGAACUGCAUCGGGCAGAGCUUUGCCAUGGCUGAGAUGAAGGUGGUAGUGGCACUGACACUGUCCCAGUUUGUGCUGCGGAGGGACACGGCGAGGCCACCCCCGCGCCGCAAGCCCGAGCUGAUACUGCGUGCUGAGGACGGGAUCUGGCUGCUGCUGGAGCCACUGGUGGGAGUGGCCUGAGGGACACGGGUCACCAGGACAUGGGGACAUCCCCCAAGGGAGGUGUCACAGCCAGGGGAGGAGCAGGGAAUAAACGGGAGCAUGAACGGGA